AUGCUGUAUACAGGAAGUCAGGAUGCUGUAUCUACAGGAAGUCAAGAUGCUGUAUAUACAGGAAGUCAGGAUGCUGUAUCUACAGAAAGUCAGGAUGCUGUAUAUACAGGAAGUCAGGAUGCUGUAUAUACAGGAACAACACAUCGAGAGCUGGAGGACAUCGUUACAACCUUCUGGGACCUAAACAAGGAUGCAUUUGAAAUGCUGAACAUAACAUUUUUGUCGACUAAUGUAACAUUAUGCAGUGCCAGCGUGGAGCGCCAACCUCAUAAACCAGAAAGUGUUGUUGAAGAAAGUACAGAGCCACGUCUCUGCUACCCACGUCUCCGCUACCCACGUCUCUGCUACCCACGUCUCUGCUCCCUACCUCUCUGCUCCCCACGUCUCUGCCUCCCACGUCUCUGCUCCCCACGUCUCCGCUACCCACGUCUCUGCUCCCCACGUCUCUGCUCCCCACGUCUCUGCUCCCCACGUCUCUGCCUCCCCACGUCUCUGCCUCCCCACGUCUCUGCUCCCCACGUCUCUGCUCCCCACGUCUCUGCUCCCCACGUCUCCGCUACCCACGUCUCUGCUCCCCACGUCUCUGCUCCCCACGUCUCUGCUCCCCACGUCUCUGCUCCCCACGUCUCUGCUCCCCACGUCUCUGCUCCCCACGUCUCUGCUCCCCACGUCUCUGCUCCCCACGUCUCCGCUACCCACGUCUCUGCUCCCCACGUCUCUGCUACCCACGUCUCUGCUCCCCACGUCUCUGCUCCCCACGUCUCUGCUACCCACGUCUCUGCUACCCACGUCUCUGCUUCCCACGUCUCCGCUACCCACGUCUCUGCUCCCCACGUCUCUGCUCCCCACGUCUCUGCUCCCCACGUCUCCGCUACCCACGUCUCUGCGGCCCACGUCUCUGCUUCGCACGUCUCUGCUCCCCACGUCUCAGCUCCCCACGUCUCCGCUACCCAAGUCUCUGCUCCCCACGUCUCUGCCUCCCCACGUCUCUGCUCCCCACGUCUCUGCUCCCCACGUCUCUGCUCCCCACGUCUCCACUCCCCACGUCUCCGCUACCCACGUCUCUGCUCCCCACGUCUCUGCUCCCCACGUCUCUGCUCCCCACGUCUCUGCUCCCCACGUCUCUGCUCCCCACGUCUCUGCUCCCCACGUCUCUGCCUCCCCACGUCUCUGCUACCCACGUCUCCGCUACCCACGUCUCCGCUACCCACGUCUCUGCUCCCCACGUCUCUGCUCCCCACGUCUCUGCUCCCCACGUCUCUGCUCCUCACGUCUUUGCCUCCCAUGUCUCUGCUCCCCACGUCUCCGCUACCCACGUCUCUGCUCCCCUCGUCUCUGCUCCCCACGUCUCUGCUCCCCACGUCUCUGCCUCCCCACGUCUCUGCUACCCACGUCUCCGCUACCCACGUCUCCGCUACCCACGUCUCUGCUCCCCACGUCUCUGCUCCCCACGUCUCUGCUCCCCACGUCUCUGCUCCCCACGUCUCUGCCUCCCACGUCUCCGCUACCCACGUCUCCGCUACCCACGUCUCUGCUCCCCGCGUCUCUGCUCCCCACGGCUCUGCCUCCCACGUCUCCGCUACCCACGUCUCUGCUCCCCACGUCUCGGCCUCCCACGUCUCUGCUCCCCACGUCUCUACCUCCGAGGCUCAUGAGUUAAAAGCCUCACUGAAGCUCUGA